CGUAGACUAGACCUAGCCACCCGCACAGUAUAUUCGUAUCCAACCGAUGUUGUACAACGAGGGCCGGGUGUAUUAAAAUCCUUUCGUCGUAACUCAUCAUAAUUUUGCCUUUUUGUGUGAACGAGGGAGAUUCGAGGGACAGGAUUCUGUUGUUAUACUGUUCAAUUAUUCUCAUGAAUUGGAGUGAAAAUGUUAGAAUCUGAUGGCGCCUGAGUGUCGACAUUUGCCAAAGUCUUUCUUUUCAUCUCCUGUUAAACGCUGGGCUGUUGCCUCUUUAUGUUGAUGUGUAGGGCAAAAUGCUCUACAUGUUCGUGUAGACUCUUUUGAAAAUCAGUCAAUGUGGAUUGAAAACUCAACGGAACCUGACCCCACCACCAGCUUCCAACCAACCACUUGGGACAACGCUACCAACUGCAGAGAUAUCACCAUGACACCUCCGACUGACCCUAACUCCACCCGGGAUUUCUACAUCGGCUUGGCCCUGGCUGUCAGCUCCAGCGUCUUCAUCGGAUCCAGCUUCAUCAUUAAGAAGAAGGCACUCAUUAAAAUAUCCACCUACGCAACCAGAGCAGGUGAUGGUGGCCUAGCUUACCUCAAAGAGUGGCUCUGGUGGGCUGGAUUUUUCUUACUGAGCAUUGGAGAGCUUUGCAACUUUGUGGCCUAUGCAUUCGCCCCAGCAACACUGGUCACUCCCCUUGGAGCUCUGAGCGUGCUCGUUGCUGCCAUGAUGUCCUCGUACCUUCUCAAAGAGGCACUGAAUGUCUUGGGUAAGGUAGGCUGUUUGCUGUGCAUCAUGGGAUCCACCGUCAUGGUCAUCCAUGCUCCCCAAGAGGAUGCGGCAAACAAUCUGACGGAGCUAGGAGAGAGACUCAAAGACCCAGCAUUCAUCACCUACAUUUGUUUAGUGUUUGUGGUUGCUGGUAUAAUGAUCUUCUACUAUGCUCCACGUUAUGGCCAGAAGAACAUUCUCAUCUACAUUACCAUUUGCUCUGUCAUCGGUUCCCUGUCAGUCAUGGCAGCCAAGGGCCUGGGCAUAGCCUUUAAGGAGUUCUUCAUCAGUGCGGAAAAGGCAUUGACAAACCCGCUGACUUGGCUGUUCAUCUUUUGUUUAGUAACGUUUAUCUCCAUCCAGAUGAAUUACUUAAACCGUGCUCUGGACGUGUUCAACACGUCUGUGGUGACACCCAUCUAUUACGUGUUCUUCACGACGAGUGUCAUAGUCGCCUCAGCCAUCCUCUUUCAGGAAUGGAUGACCAUGGAUGCGGGGGCGGUACUCGGCACCUUAGCUGGUUUCACUACCAUUGUGUGUGGAAUAUUCCUGCUACACGCCUUCAAGGACGUCACCAUAAGCUUCAAGGACUUAUCCUCCAUCACCCAGAAGAGAAAUGGGCGAAACAGCUUGAACGAGUCUUCACCGAACCACGUGCAAGACGAAACAACAUUUAACAGUCACGCGGAGACAGAAGCAUUGCUCACAGCUGCUGAAGAAGGAAGAGUACACGACAUGGAAUGAGAUCGAUCCUUCUCAAGCCAUUCUUACUCCGGACGAUGUCCAGGAAAUUUUCUUGGUAAUGUGUAGCAUUACAGUACUUCACGUUCUUUGCUAGUUUCUACAUCUAAUUUAUCCAGAUGAGCAGUUACGGUAUUUAGCUAGCCUAAUUUUUUGGCCCUGAGAACUCAAGUUGACUCAGUUGGGUCUCACAUUUUCAUUUAUUGCUCUGAAUAGCCAAAGCCACAUGUACAGGUAUAUCCUUAAAUGAACAACAAGGCUCCUGUGGAAAUUAGGUUGGCACCUUGUACUUACUAAUGCAAUAUGCUGGGUGAUAUUUUGAUAGGGUUGAUAGUGAAUAGAAAUAUUUGAAAUUAAAAUUCUGACAGUGUAAAUUUCAUGCACCUGAGUAAUAUCAGUUAUACUGAAUACACUCGGAGGUUAAGACUUGAGCUCAUGACCUCACGGUUUACUGUUCUGCUGUUUUCCAAUUCUACCAAUGUGCCCUCAUUAUUUUCUCUCUUGUUUUAUCAAAAUGGGAUCUGAUCAUACAAACGAAGUCAGACAUCACUAAAGCUGGUACAAUUAGCACUAACAGUUAAUAGCCCUGAGGGUUAGUAAAGGCAUUGAGAGAGUAUCUCUCAUUGGUAGAAUGAGCCCGGCAAUUCCCCCACUUCUAGACUAGUCUCUGAAAUCUAAGUGCCCGCUGGUAUCCUCCGUAGUCACCACAGGGUCCAUGCCAUUGGUGCAGGUCCCAAGCAUGCUCCAGCUAUUUUCAGAUCUUUAUCCAUGCAGAGCAGGAACAAGAGCAGGCGUGUUUCCACAAAGCAAUGGAGGUCUUUAAGCUGGAACUUACAGCAUGUGCGCAGGUUUAUGCGCUUUUGAUGUGGGACACGCUCAGCUUAUGUACCCAACUUCUGGCAGGUGUGAGGGGUGCAUGCAUGAGCCCCAUUGAAAAACUUCCCAUCAGAUUGUGUCAUUUUUGCCAGCGAUGGUGCACUGCACUUGAACUUAGGGUGAAUGAAGACAUUCCACGCUUUGGGGCUUGUGCUGUUGAUGAUGGUGCGGCAGAAAAAUGAAGAUUCUUUGAGGUGGAGGGACUCAGCUCAAGGCAGCAAAACGUUUCAGCAGAAAGUACAGGGAGAAGGCCCAAGUAUGCAUGAAAGUGCGCACCUAGACUACAAGCAGUGUUGUAUUUCAGACCUCUCAAGACCAUCGCAAGGCGCCAGUCUUAAUUCUUGUGAUGGUCUUGACUACAACACUGACAAGUGCAUUGAGUUUGUGAUAUGUAAAUAUUGGCUGGCUUUUGUUGAGUGUGGUGUGAGUAGCAGAAAUCCUUGGCAUCCUUUUGUGUUUACAAAUUAUCAGGUGAGCAGUAUGUGUUGUGUCAGGGAUAUGAAUAAUAGAGGCCAGUUUUAUAGAGUUGUGGAGCAUUUCUUACUUUGGCUGUGCCCAAAACGGGCUUCCAGUGCUAUGACUGUCUAUUGUCAAUGGAUCUCCCCGUAUUUCCAAUGGAGCAAAGAUCGGAAUGCAGCCUCUGUUACAAGAAAUGAAGCAGAGAAUUGAGUAGCAGAAGUGCACGUACUCAUAUUUGUCCAGGGAACCAACUUUUUCCGGGCAGCGCAAAAGUUGGUGCUUCACAAUUCUAUGUACAGGUACCAGUAACUGGCCUGUGUGUCAGUGCCAUUAUAGUUUUCAGAAGUGAAAAACUUGGUGCAACAUUGAAACAAACUCGGUAAGCUUGUAAAUACCAGUAUAUUUAUCCAGUGCUCAUGGUGUGAUUUUUUUUCUACUCUUCAGAUGCACAAAAAUGACAUAUUUCAGUGAUUUGAUGCAAUAAGUCUUGAUUACUUAAUCUAGUGAUGACAUAUACGUGUACUUGUACAAAACUAACAUCAGAGUUUAGUGUGAAUAAAUGCUUUUAGAAGCAGUUGAAAACAUCAAA